UUUUCCUCAAAGUCAUAAAUUAUGAGGAUUAAUUUAUCCUUGUCAAUUUCUUUCAUUUCAUAAUUCAUAACGGUAUGCCUUGGAAUCCUGUUUGGCUGCCGGCGUCAUACGUAUUAUCGGCCCUCAUCGUCAUCGCCAUUCUCGUUUGUCUCAGAUUACUAUGCUUUUCUAUUAUCCACCUCUGGAAAGGAGACAGUGCAGAAGCCCGAGAUUCUGAAUCCCAAUCCCGUUACGCGAGCUAGCUCAGCAGCAGCAGCAGCUUCAGCUUUUCUUCAGGUUUAUGUGAUUGAUGAAUCAUGAAAUUGGUUUGUUAUUCACAUAUAGCCUCUUCAAUCUUGGUUUAGUAAUGAGUUAGCUGAUUAUGGUAAAUAGUAAUGACAUCUGAAAAUCUGUAGAAUAUGGUAUUUUGUCAUUAUCGAGCGUACACUAUAUAAUGGUUUCACUUUAGUAAUACUAUCAGUUUCUCUUUUGGCCUAUAUCAUUUUUUGUAUUUUUGAAUAUCAAUUCUUAUUCAAUAUCAUAAUUCAUAAGUACUCCCAAAACAACAUCAUUCUCACAUAAUAGUAUCAUUUUCUUGUUUGGCCCUAUCAUUUUUUUCAGUAUUUUUUAAUAUAAAUUCUUAUUCAGUAUCACAAUCCAUACAAAAACAAUAUCAUUCUCUCGUCCAUAUUAUAACAUUUACUUUGUUUAGCAAUUUCAUUUUAAUACAAAUGCAAUUUCAUUUUUAGCCCGUACAAUAUCAUUCUCCAGUUUAAACUGUAUCAUUUUUUUUCGUUUGUUAUAACAUUUUCUCUCAACUACUAUAUCAUCUUACAUCCAACACCGUAUGUCCGUAUCAUUAUAUUGUUUAUCCUAUAUCUAUUCGACUAUAUAAUUCAUUUUAAUACAAUGAUAUAUUGAAGGUAAAUUGUAUGUAUUACCUACAUUUUUUUGCUUCCAAAUCCAUAAUUUCAACAAUGUUUUAAUAAUUAAUAUGGUUACAGUUAUUAUAUAUACUACUUACUAUUAAAUAUCAGACAAUUAAUAAAUUUGUACCUACUUAUUUGGAUGGUAAAUUAGCCCCUAAAUCAUUUAUUUGCGUUCAAUUAUGAAUGCGAUGGUAGCAUGUUAAAUUGAUGAACUGUAUUUUUCGUUACAAAGUUUAAUUGUUGUUAUUUAGCUGACAAUAUCUAAUUUAUUUUAGUUAACCUUUAUUUACAACUUGCAUUUAGCGUUAAGAUAUCAAAUACAAAUAAACCUACGAAUAUUACUUGCGACCCCUUCUGUAAUUUUAUGAUUAAUAAGAGGUGAAUCUUUAAUUGGCAUGUAGUUUGGGGGCAAAAGUAUCAUAUGUGGAAAACUUAAACCAGAUAGAUCCACACAUUUUUGUCAAGUGUGAAGCUAGUCGCUUUCCCACACAGUAGCGCACGCAGUGAGCGUGAAAAUGAAGACAGCGCACGAAGGAACGGUCUCCACUCGGCGUCCGCCUCACGCCGCGGAGAACGGCAGCGGAGACGAAGAAUUCGCCGAUGAGUCUAAGACCCGCAAACACAUGUCCAUCGCAAUUCGGAUCACAAGUUACUUGACUCGAACGGGCUACCUCUUGCCCAUUCUGGUCUCGGCUUUCGUAGUCGUCAUUAUCUAUACUCUAGUUUCCCGCUCCUUCGAUUUUGUUCCUGCGUCCUCCUCCUCCGGCAUCUCCCGGCUGUUCUUCCCGGUCGAUGCAGUCGAAUCGGAUUUCGGAGCGCUCGGCGUUCCUUGGUGCAGAUCAAAACAUGGAAAAACUGUGGAGUGGACACCAAAGGAUUUGCUCCUUGGACUUGAGGAAUUUGUGCCGAUCUACGAGACCCGGCCCAUCAAGAACAACAUGUAUGGCAUGGGUUUUGAUCACAGUUUUGGACUUUGGUUUAUCACAAGAUGGCUGAAACCAGAUUUGAUGAUUGAGAGUGGCGCCUUUAAGGGGCAUUCGACAUGGGUUUUGAGGCAAGCCAUGCCUGAUACACCCAUUUUGUCUAUUACACCUCGGCAUCCAGAGAAGUACCUGAAGAAGGGGCCUGCUUAUGUUGAUGGAAACUGCACUUACUUUGCUGGGAAAGACUUUGUCGACUUUGGGAGCAUGGACUGGGAACGAGUGUUGGGGAAGCAUGGGAUUCAAGAUCCUACACGUGUCCUUGUGUUCUUUGAUGACCAUCAAAAUGAACUUAAGAGAUUAAAGCAGGCAGUGAAAGCCGGCUUCAAACAUCUAGUUUUCGAGGACAACUAUGACACUGGAACCGGAGAUCAUUAUUCCUUAAGGCAAAUAUGUGAUCAACCGUACAUUAGAGGUGGUGGGCAUAGCUGCUUCAGAGAUAGUGAUGAAGCCAGGAUAAGGUAUAGAAGGAGGAAAUUCUGGGAGAAAGCUGUUGAUACUGACGAGUUGUGUGGACCGGGAGAAGCAUGGUGGGGUGUGAGAGGCUACAUGCGCGACGACUUUAACCACAGCAACAAGGCAAUCACCUACGAUGAGCAUUUCCAGAAUAGUAGAUUUGUGGAGUCAGUGUUGGAUGUCUACUGGGAGGUGCCCCCAGUUGCUGGCCCUUCACUUACUCAUCAGACAAGAUACGAACCCGCACGAGCGCCUAGCCCUAUUGUCAAAGAUGGUCGAUUUAGCUUAUUUCAACGGCUGGGCUUAACACAAUUCGAGCCCUCAGUGUUCAACGGGUACACUCAAAUGGUGUAUGUUCAGGUAUCUGAACUGGAAACAUAAUCCUUGCUAGCUAUACCGCGCUUAUAUCUUAAUUUGUUUGUCUUAAUGCCUUCGCGGCUUAUAACUUGAGUUUGUCGAUACUUGCCCGAUCCGUCUCUGUGAGAACAUUUUCAUUUUUGUUGUUUGUAACAGAUUAGUUUUCAGGCUAUGAAUACCUUCCACAAUAUAUUUGUUAUAGAAUCUCAGUGGCGUAGUAUUUAUUUGAUACUCUGGAAAUCGCAUUUUUGCUUGAUUUGUUUUAUUCAUUCACAUCAUAUUCUAUUUAUUUA